AUGGAGAUCGCGGCGGACUCUCUGGACGGCUCUGUGAUCUUCCACGCCAUUAACGAAAUCUCAGGUUUCGUGCUUUACAUGCACCAGCAAAUCCCUUCAUUGUUGCAGGAUAUUACUCUGGAAUUCGAUUCGCUCUGUUCUGAGUACAAGGAUUCGGAAAUGGCUCUUCACCAGAACGAGGUGAAGCCAACGCUUCGGAGAAAGCACGCGGGCCAAAUGAGGGAAGCCAAGCGCGGGAUUCGAAGAUUCCAGAAGCUGAUGCGUCAAGUUUCUGAUCUCCAAACUGCGCUGAAGCUGAUGAUCAGCGAGGUUCCUCAGUUCCAAGAAGCCAUUUUGGUGAUCGGAGCGAGUCCGCUACGGCCUCAUCAUGUCUAUGAGUUGAGCUUUUCAAGCGCAAGCGCUGUUCCUAGCAGCAGUGGUGAACAUGAACAUGAAAAGGAACUUGAUUUCGGCAAAAGCAGAGCGGCAGAAGUGCUUUGUAGAAAAGCGAUUCGGGGGCUGAUCUCAAAGGGUGCUGGGUGUGCUUCUUAUUCAGGGCCUUCCAAGUUGUUUCUCUUGGUGAAAGCUCCCCCUUGUCUCAAUCUGCCUCUGCAUUUUCUUCCCAAACGUGAUUUCAGAUACAGCAACAAGAUUGCGCCUUUAAGACUAAAGAUUAAGAGAAAAACCCAAGAUCAGAACAUGGAUGCUCUUUCUGUUUCUUCUGAAACUGGCAGUUCUGAUGGGUUGGUUGAGUCUGCUCCAAAUGAUUUUAUAUGGUUCCAAUGUCGGCAUGUAAUCAAAGGCCUGGCAUCUAACACACCGACUGAAGCGGAAUGA